UGUACCUCUCCUCCGCCGCGUACCUGUACAUUUUACACUGCGUGCCUCGAACCUCACUUUCACUGCGGUCCCGAGGGGUAUCCUGUUGGAUUCGGUGAGAAAUUUUGCACGAAAUUCAAUUUACCGGAGAACGUGGGGCGGUUGUCACCUGAAGGGAAAGAAUGGAUGUGGACAACGAUGCGAUGUCUCCAGAUCGCGCUCGUGCCAGAGCUUCAAAUUCCCGUGGUCACCACUACCACAGGCUCGAUCUCCGCUUGUAAAGCUCUUGAAGAUAAAGCCUUCAGCACACACGCGCCUUGCUACCUAUCUUCAGGCCUUUGUUCAUUACCUCCCGAGGAUUGGCUCGCCAUUGUAGAAAUCAUCGAUAUUAAAACGCUGCUGUCUGGUUGGGACGCAUUCGAUGGAGCAGUCGAGGCAGGAAAGGGAUGUCUGGAGUUCUUU